AGUUGCAUUCAGAUCUGGAGGGAUGUCCCACGCCCCUCCCCCUCCACGCCUUAUCACCUGCUGCCGGGGCAGCGGCAGCGCGGUCCUCCUGCCGGCUAGGCUGUCGGGUGCUUUGGGGCGGGGUGGGAGGGAGCCAGCCAGCCUGCUACAGGCCGAGAGGGAGCUAGCGAGCGAGCAAGCCCGGCGCCGGCUGGGGAGCAAGGGAGGAGGGAGGAUGGCAGCUCGGGCCCAGGGGCCGCCAAGGGGCUGGCGGCUAUCGCCGCCACUGCUGUUGCUACUGCUGCUGCUAGCGGACCGCGCCGCCGCCUCCAAGCUCAACAUACCCAAAGUGCUGCUACCCUUCACGCGGGGCACCCGCAUCAACUUCACACUGGAGGCCUCGGAGGGCUGCUACCGCUGGUCAUCUACCAGACCAGAAGUGGCCAGUAUUGAACCUGUGGAUCUGGAUGAACGGCAAUGCUCUCAAAAGGCAGUUGUGCAGGCCCGUCUAUCACAGCCAACCCGCCUCACCACAAUCAUCUUUGCAGAAGAUAUCAUGACCGGCCAGGUUCUGCGUUGUGAUGCUAUUGUGGACAUCAUCCAUGGCAUUCAGAUUGUUUCCACCACCCGAGAACUCUACCUUGAAGACUCUCCCUUGGAACUGAAAAUUCAGGCUCUGGAUUCAGAAGGCAACACAUUCAGCACUUUGGCUGGGCUGGUUUUUGAUUGGACAAUAGUAAAGGAUACAGAAGCUGAUGGUUUCUCAGACUCUCAUAAUGCACUCAGGAUCCUCAAAUUUUUAGAGUCUACUUACAUACCUCCUUCCUACAUAUCAGAGAUGGAGAAAGUGGCCAAGCAAGGAGACACAAUUUUGGUGUCUGGAAUGAAGACAGGGAGUUCCAAGUUGAAAGCACGGAUUCAAGAAGUGGUGUAUAAGAAUGUCCAUCCUGCAGAAGUCAGGCUGCUAAUUUUGGAGAACAUCCUUCUGAACCCAGCUUAUGACAUUUAUCUGCUGGUGGGAACCUCUAUUCACUACAAGGUCCAGAAAAUCAGACAAGGAAAAAUUACAGAAUUAAUGAUGCCUUCUGAUCAGUAUGAACUGCAACUCCAGAAUAACAUACUCGGCCCCGAGGGAGACCCAACACGGCCUGUCGCCAGGUUGAUUCAGGCGACAUCAACAGUCACUGCAUUGCAGCAGGGACAGACCAACCUGGUGCUGGGACACAAAAGCAUUCGUAUGCAGGGUGCUUCCAGAUUACCUAACAGCACUAUUUAUGUUGUGGAACCUGGAUACUUGGGCUUCACAAUUCAUCCUGGGGACAGAUGGGUCCUUGAAACUGGCCGAUUUUAUGAAAUCACCAUCGAGGUGUAUGAUAAAUCAAGUAACAAGGUGUAUUUAUCGGAUAAUAUCAGAAUUGAUACCGCAUUGCCUCGGGAAUAUUUUGAGGUGCUUAAGUCCUCCCAGAAUGGUUCAUACCAUCAAGUCAAGGCAAUAAAAAAGGGACAGACAGUGAUUGAUGCAGCCCUCACCUCUGUGGUGGAUCAGGAUGGAGGUGUCCACACAUUACCAGUCCCUGUCCGGAAUCAACAGGAGGUUGAAAUUUAUGUCCCCAUCACCCUUUCACCAAGCAUCCUGACUUUUCCAUGGCAGCCCAAAACAGGAGCCUAUCAAUACACAAUAAAGGCCUAUGGUGGGAGUGGAAACUUCACCUGGUCCUCAUCGAGCCACAUGGUAGCCACGGUCACAGUCAAGGGUGUAAUGACGACCAGCAGUGACAUUGGUGUCAGCGUGAUCCAGGCACACGAUGUGCAGAAUCCCUUACAUUAUGGAGACAUGAAGGUGUAUGUAAUAGAGCCCAGCAGCAUGGAGUUUAUACCUUGCCAGGUGGAAGCACGGGUGGGCCAAACCCUGGAGCUUCCCCUGAGGAUCAAUGGUCUCAUGCCAGGGGAAGUCAAUGAGGUGGUCACUCUGAGUGACUGUUCACACUUUGACCUGAUGGUGGAUGUGGAGAAUCAUGGAGUAUUCCAGCCGCUCCCAGGGAGACUUAAGCCAGGGUCAGAUUACUGCAGUGGUGUCCGGGUUAGAGCUGAAAUCCAGGGGUAUACCACGCUGCUCGUGAGCUACAAACACGGUCACAUUCACCUGAGUGCCAAGAUUACCAUCGCUGCCUACCUCCCACUGAAGACUAUUGAUCCUUCUUCUGUGGCUUUGGUGACAUUGGGUUCUUCCAAAGAGAUGUUAUUUGAAGGGGGUCCUAAGCCCUGGGUCCUAGAGCCUUCCAAAUUCUUCCGAAACAUCACCUCAGAAGAUGCUGAGAGCAUUGCUCUGUCCCUAUUUGGUCCCCCUGCAUCCCGGAACUACCUGCAGCAUUGGAUCCGAGUGACCUGCAAAUCCUUGGGAGAACAGGUCAUCGCUCUCACAGUUGGAAACAAGCCCAGUGUCACCAACCCCUUCCCAGCCACAGAGCCAGCCGUAGUGAAGUUUAUCUGUGCCCCGCCUUCAAGACUCACCCUUACACCUGUCUACGCUAGUCCUCAGCUGGAUCUGUCCUGCCCUUUGAUGCAACAGAACAAACAAGUGGUGCCCGUUUCGAAUUAUCGAAACCCUGACCUAGACUUGGCUGCUUAUGAUCAACAAGGUCGUCGAUUUGACAAUUUCAGUUCCUUGAACAUCAAAUGGGAGUCCACUAAGCCCUCUCUGGCCAGCAUUGAACCCAACCUGCCAAUGCAACUGAUAUUGAAAGAUGACGGGAGCAGCCAAAAGAAGCUUCAUGGCUUGCAGACUGUCUCUGUUUACCAUGAAUCAGGAACCACUGCAAUUUCUGCUACAGCUGCCGGCUACCAUCAUUCUCAUCUCAGUGCAGCCAAAAUACAGCUACCGUAUGAACCUCUUGUGCCUGUCUCAGCAACCAUUGAGCUUAUUCUUGUGGAAGAUGUGAAAGUGACCCCCCAUGAUAUAACCAUCUACAACCAUCCUGGUGUUCAGGCUGAACUCCUCAUUAAAGAAGGCUCUGGGUACUUUUUCAUCAACACCAGCAUCACAAACAUUGUCAAAGUGUCUUACCAAGAAGCUAGAGGCAUUGCUAUGGUGUAUCCAUUAUUCCCAGGAAUGUUAACAGUCAUGAUUCACGACUUGUGUUUGGCGUUCCCGGCACCUGCAAAGGCCGAAAUCCACGUAUCAGAUAUUCAGGAAUUGUAUGUCCGAGUGGUUGACAAGGUGGAGAUUGGGAAGACUGUCAAGGCAUAUGUCCGAGUACUGGAUUUCUCCAAAAAGCCUUUUCUGGCCAAAUAUUUCUCCUUCAUGGACUUGAAACUCCGAGCAGCAUCCCAGAUUGUUACACUAGAGGCCCUUGAUGAAGCAUUUGAUGACUAUACUGCCACAUUUCUUGUCCAUGGGGCAGCCAUUGGGCAGACCAGCCUAACAGCAACCGUGACUGAUAAAGUUGGACAAAAAAUCAACUCUGCCCCACAGCAAAUUGAGGUAUUUCCUCCCUUCAGACUGAUACCAAGAAAAGUGACUUUAAUCAUUGGUGCAAUGAUGCAGAUCACUUCAGAGGGAGGUCCCCAACCUCAAUCCAACAUCAUUUUCUCCAUCAGUGAUGAGAGGAUUGCUUCAGUGAACAGCACUGGUCUGGUCAAGGGCCUCACCAUUGGCAAUGGAACAGUAUCAGGGCUUGUUCAAGCUGUUGAUGCAGAGAGUGGAAAAGUUGUCAUAGUGUCUCAGGAUCGAGUAGAUGUGGAGGUGGUAUAUCUCAAGGCUGUGAGAAUCCGAGCUCCCAUCACAAGAAUGAAGACAGGGACCCAGAUGCCGGUCUACGUCACAGGUAUCACCAACAGCCAAAGCCCUUUCUCCUUUGGAAAUGCCAUACCGGGGCUAACUUUUCACUGGUCUGUCACCAAGAGAGACAUCCUGGACAUCAGGGCAAGACAUAACGAGGCGUCUCUCCGGCUCCCAUCCAAGUAUAACUUCGCUAUGAGUGUUCACGGCCGAGUGAAGGGAAGAACAGGUUUGAAGGUUGUGGUCAAAACCCUGGACCCCUCAGCAGGACAGUUCUAUGGCUUGGCAAGGGAGCUCUCAGAUGAAAUCCAGAUCCAGGUAUUUGAAAAGCUUCUACUGCUUAAUCCUGAAAUAGAAGCCGAACAAAUAUUAAUGUCGCCAAACUCAUUUAUAAAACUUCAGACAAACAGGGAUGGAGUUGCAUCUCUGAGUUACCGCAUUCUGGAUGGACCAGAAAAGGUUCCUGUCGUGUACAUCGAUGAAAAAGGCUUCCUGGUAUCUGGAUCGUUAAUUGGGACAUCAACAAUUGAAGUGAUUUCACAAGAGCCGUUUGGAGUCAACCAGACAAUUAUUGUAGCUGUGAAGGUGUCUCCUGUUUCGUACCUGAGGAUUUCAGUAAGCCCUGUUCUGCAUGCCCAGAAUAAGGAGGUUUUGGCAGCUUUACCUUUGGGAAUGACCUUGACCUUCACUGUGCAUUUUCACGACAAUUCCGGGGAGAUUUUCCAUGCACACAACUCUGUCCUCAACUUUGCAACUAACAGAGAUGACUUUGUCCAGAUCGGGAAGGGAACUACCAAUAACACCUGUGUUAUCCGCACCAUCAAUGUUGGCCUGACUCUGCUUGCUGUGUGGGACAUGGAGCAUACUGGCCUCUCAGAUUAUGUACCUCUGCCUGUCCAGCAGGUCAUCUCUCCAGAACUUAUUGGGACUGUGGUAGUAGGCGAUGUCCUCUGUUUGAGCACCAUCCUGAUAAACCCUGAUGGUCUCUCAGGAACAUGGAGCUCUUCAGCCAACAGUAUUCUCCAAGUUGACCCCAAGACUGGUGUGGCUGUGGCCAGAGACUCUGGAGCUGUGACUCUUUAUUAUGAGAUUGCUGGACUUCUCAGAACAUAUAAGGAGAUCUGGAUUAGCAGCCCCCAGAAGAUUGUGGCCACCCAUGUCAGUGGCAUUCCAACCAACUUUCAGGGUAUCACUGCUUCCAAAGUGAUAGUUGUAACUGGAGAAAGAAGCACCAACCUGAGAGGGGAAUGCUCACCAGCCCAGGUGGAGACCAUUGUUGAACUUCACCCCGAAACUCUCGUCAGCUGUCAGCUCCAGUUCAACCAGGAAGUAUUUGAUUUUCCAGCAUAUGACAUUUUCACUACAGAAGCUGGUUUUGAUGCAUCUCUAGGCCAGUACACCUGCUCCAUCAUGAUGCACAGGCUUACAGACAAGCAGCUCAAACACCUCAGCAUGAGGAAGACAGCUCUCGUGGUCACGGCUUCUCUCCAAGACAGCCACUUCUCCGGAGAGCAGAUCAGCGCCGAAGUACCCUUCAACCCUGGCCUUUAUGCUGACCAAACUGAAAUCCUCUUAAGUAACCACUAUAUGAGCUCAGAGGUCAAAAUAUUUGGAGCCAUGGAAAUUCUUGAGAAUCUUGAGGUGAAAUCUGGGUCACCAGCAGUGGUUGCCUUUGUGAAGGAGAAGUCCUAUGGAUUGCCCAGCUUUGUCACCUACACCAUCAGCAUCUCUGAUCCAGUAGUCCUCAGCCAGAGAUCCUCAUCUACUACACUGACCAUUUCUAGCCCCAUGACAGACCAAUCCAUCACUCUCCCAGUCAACAUGGUCUAUAUGACUGACAGGAGAGGCCCUGGCCAGCAAGGUACCAGCCUAUUCCAACACUUCCUCGACUCCUAUCAAGUUAUGUUCUUCACGCUUUUUGCACUGCUGGCAGGGACAGCUAUUAUGAUCAUAGUUUACCAUGCAGUUUUCUCGCCCAAAGAACACAACACACACCCUGCCUUCACCCCGAGAACAAGCCCUUCACAUAGUCCUAACAGCUUCGUUGCUCCCAGUCCGAUGCCUUUCAGCACUCUGCCCCACAAUCGAAAAACCAGCCCACCCUUCAGGCUCUGGAGCCCUGAUUAUGCCUCCCAUUAGAAUCUGAUGAAAGAAGCUGACCCCAGAAAAAAAACGACCAUUCGGAAAAAAACACAGAAAGACUUUUAGUGCCUUUAAUAAUAACCAGAUAAAUGUAUUCACACUGGAGACAUCCCAAUGAGAUUGGAGUAUAUCUCAAGUUGGAUCUGAUGCGUCGAGAUGUGAUAGUUCUGUGUUUUAACCGGUGCUUCUUAGCUUCUUUAAAAAAAAUGCAUAGUUCUUUUCCAUGUUCCCAUAGAUUCUUAAAGUCCUAGAAACUCUCUGCAUCAGUCUUUCGUUUUAGGAACAGGUUGCUCAAGGUUCCUGGACGAUGCUCCUUUCUUUAUCCCCCCUUAUGUCACUAAACUUGUGCUGUUUCACAUGCCUGGGUCAGUUAGAGGCUUCAUUUAAAGUCUGUAGUAGAGAAGGCUAAAAGCCAAUCUAAUGUGGUAGGGCCAUAUGCCUUGAGGAAGGGGCUUUUUUUUUUUUUCGCAUUUCAUUUUCUCCCUGUGAAAACUAAUUCCCCCUUAGCAUGGCUGUUAAGAAGGGAAGUAGUGAAAUGGAAAAAAUGUGAAUAUCCUGUGUUCUGAAGGCCUCAAUUUUUCUUUUUGAGUCUAAAUCAUAGUGUCAGGAAGACUCAGGAAUGCACUGCCCUGCUGGGUGCUCUCAAUAUUUUAGCCUUACAAUGUGACUCAGAAUUAUCAUUUAGAAAUGGGCAUUUAUUUUCCUUUGCAAAUGUGAAUAGAGUCUGUCUUCUAUGUUUAAAAAAGGAAAAAAAAAUAAGUAUUAACAUGGCAUCUUUUGUCUACAGCCAUGGCCUCUUACCCUGUAUAGCAGACAUCUCAUGCUAGAGAUGAGCUUAGCUGGCAUCUUCUUAGUGCAAGGAUGGUGCUUUCAUUAUUCAGGAAACACUGUUCAUCAGAAGGAUGGGAUGUGUUAGGGGAUUUUUUCAUUUUUUUUUAAGUUGCUGUUUUGUCCUGUUAAAGCACAAAGUUGUAGUUGUGUGUUUUUUUAUUUUUUUUUUAGACAUCCAAGUACCUCAGCAGACACUGAGCCUCUGUCUUUCUCCACUAUAAAAGGAUGACCAUCCUUUUUCUGGGGGUCCUUUAGCUAAUCUCAUAGGAGUGAAUCUCUGGGAUUUGCUGGCCUCCCUACAAAGUGCACUGAGCUCUUCUACACCAAGGGACAGGAGACAGGGAGGCGGGGGAGAGGGGCAGUUUGCUUCAGCUCUGAGAAACUCCUUAUAGAGAACAAGAUGGCUGGAAAGCCUGAGGGAGUGGUGGGAGAUUGAGAAAGGGUUGGGGACCUGAGAACUCCUUGUAGAGAACGAGAUGGCUGGAAAGCCCAAGGGAAUGUUAGGAGAUUGAGAAAGGGUUGGGGACGUUGGUGGAGUAUGGGGAAGGCAGUAUAGUGCCCCCACCAACCCCAACAAUAAAUUCAGAACACCAUUCAUAAGACUGAAAUGUUAACUCAAUCUUGGAAGAAACUUCCUUCUUAGUUAUCAACAUAAGGCUCUCAGAAAUGUAGCUACCAAUCCUUGAGACUGUGACUUGAAACAUAGCCUACAUUUGUCUUUGUCCAUAGAGUGGUGACCACUGGCUGAGUGGGCAAUGGCCCUCCUGAAAAUAGAGCUAAACAGAUUUUUCCUCAAAACAUGGCCACACCAUGGUCAGAAAAUCCACUUGCCCCUUUCCAGUAGAGAACGAACCAAAUGUAUAAGAUGAUCUUGUAGGUCCCCAUUAGAACUGUGGAUUUAUAUAAUGACAGUCUCUGUGACACUCUUUGUUGUCUUUUUUUUAAUAUAUAUAUGAUGUAAUUAGCCAUUGAGAAAGCAGUGUGAUGUCACCCUCUUCCUUCAGUGUAGGGUUAUAUAAUUUAUUUUCCAUUGCAUAAAGAAGGAAGAAUUGUGCCUUGUGUACUACAUGAGCUUGAAACUGACAACUUGGAUGUAAAUAUGAGCAUUUCUACUUGCUUUAUUUAAUAAAGCUGUAUGAGAUUCUUUACUCA